GCAGCAGCGGAGCCCCCCGCCCGGGCCCCGAUGAGUAACUCCCGGAACAACCGGGUGAUGGUGGAAGGGGUCGGGGCUCGGGUGGUCCGGGGCCCGGACUGGAAGUGGGGGAAGCAGGACGGCGGCGAGGGCCAUGUGGGCACCGUGCGCAGCUUCGAGAGCCCCGAAGAGGUGGUGGUGGUGUGGGACAACGGCACCGCCGCCAACUAUCGCUGCUCCGGGGCCUACGACCUCCGCAUCCUGGACAGUGCCCCCACAGGCAUCAAACAUGAUGGAACCAUGUGUGAUACCUGUCGCCAACAGCCAAUCAUUGGUAUCCGAUGGAAGUGUGCUGAGUGUACAAAUUAUGAUUUGUGCACAGUCUGUUAUCAUGGGGACAAACAUCACUUAAGGCAUCGUUUUUACAGAAUUACCACACCAGGAAGUGAAAGGGUACUUUUAGAAUCUCGUCGGAAAUCAAAAAAAAUUACAGCCAGAGGAAUCUUUGCAGGUGCCAGAGUGGUUCGAGGAGUAGAUUGGCAAUGGGAAGAUCAAGAUGGUGGAAAUGGAAGAAGAGGGAAGGUAACUGAAAUUCAGGACUGGAGUGCAUCUAGUCCACACAGUGCAGCAUAUGUUCUAUGGGACAAUGGUGCUAAGAACCUUUACAGAGUUGGCUUUGAGGGCAUGUCUGACUUGAAGUGUGUCCAGGAUGCUAAAGGAGGCUCUUUCUACAGAGACCACUGCCCUGUGCUAGGUGAGCAGAAUGGUAACCGGAAUCCUGGUGGACUACAGAUUGGUGACCUAGUAAACAUAGAUCUUGAUCUAGAAAUUGUACAGUCUUUGCAACAUGGGCAUGGAGGAUGGACUGAUGGCAUGUUUGAGACUUUAACUACAACUGGAACAGUUUGUGGCAUUGAUGAAGAUCAUGACAUUGUAGUACAGUACCCGAGUGGCAAUAGAUGGACCUUCAAUCCAGCUGUUCUCACUAAAGCUAAUGUUGUCCGAAGUGGGGAUGCUGCACAGGGUGCAGAAGGGGGUACUUCACAGUUUCAAGUGGGUGACCUUGUUCAGGUUUGUUACGAUCUAGAAAGAAUUAAGCUUCUACAAAGAGGUCAUGGUGAAUGGGCAGAAGCUAUGCUUCCUACCUUAGGCAAAGUUGGCCGUGUACAGCAGAUUUAUUCAGACAGUGAUUUAAAGGUAGAAGUUUGUGGGACAUCUUGGACAUAUAAUCCUGCAGCUGUUUCCAAGGUGGCAUCAGCAGGAUCAGCUAUUAGCAAUGCAUCUGGUGAGAGGCUAUCUCAACUCUUGAAGAAACUAUUUGAAACUCAAGAGUCUGGGGACCUUAAUGAAGAAUUAGUUAAAGCUGCUGCUAAUGGAGAUGUUGCUAAAGUAGAAGAUUUAUUAAAGAGACCAGAUGUUGAUGUAAAUGGACAAUGUGCUGGACACACUGCCAUGCAAGCUGCUAGUCAGAAUGGACAUGUUGACAUUUUAAAACUGCUUUUGAAGCAAAAUGUGGAUGUAGAAGCAGAGGAUAAAGAUGGAGAUAGAGCUGUUCACCAUGCAGCUUUUGGAGAUGAAGGUGCUGUCAUAGAAGUGCUACACAGAGGUAGUGCAGAUCUGAAUGCUCGAAAUAAACGCAGACAGACUCCACUUCAUAUUGCUGUGAAUAAAGGUCACCUUCAAGUUGUGAAGACGUUACUGGACUUUGGCUGUCAUCCAAGUCUUCAGGAUUCUGAAGGUGAUACACCCCUCCAUGAUGCGAUAAGUAAAAAACGUGAUGAUAUCCUUGCAGUCCUUCUAGAAGCUGGGGCAGAUGUUACAAUCACAAACAACAAUGGAUUUAAUGCUCUACACCAUGCUGCGCUACGAGGAAACCCCAGUGCAAUGCGUGUAUUACUAUCCAAACUGCCAAGACCAUGGAUUGUGGAUGAGAAGAAAGAUGAUGGUUACACUGCCUUGCAUCUAGCUGCACUUAAUAAUCACGUAGAAGUGGCCGAACUCUUGGUGCAUCAGGGAAAUGCAAACCUGGAUAUCCAGAAUGUGAACCAGCAAACAGCACUACACCUUGCUGUUGAACGACAACACACUCAAAUAGUCAGGCUUUUGGUUCGUGCAGGUGCUAAACUGGAUAUUCAGGAUAAAGAUGGGGAUACUCCAUUGCAUGAAGCUCUGAGACAUCAUACUUUAUCACAACUCCGCCAGCUCCAAGAUAUGCAGGAUGUAGGGAAAGUAGAUACAGCCUGGGAACCAUCCAAAAACACAUUAAUAAUGGGACUUGGUACACAAGGGGCAGAGAAGAAGAGUGCAGCAUCUAUUGCCUGCUUCUUAGCAGCUAAUGGAGCUGAUCUUAGCAUUCGAAAUAAAAAGGGUCAGUCUCCACUUGAUCUGUGUCCUGAUCCUAGCCUCUGCAAAGCACUGGCCAAGUGUCACAAAGAAAAAGUCAGUGGUCAGGUGGGUUCACGGAGUCCUUCUAUGAUCAGUAACGAUUCAGAAACUUUGGAGGAGUGUAUGGUAUGUUCAGAUAUGAAGAGAGAUACUCUUUUUGGCCCAUGUGGACAUAUUGCUACAUGUUCUUUGUGUUCUCCACGUGUCAAGAAAUGCCUCAUCUGUAAAGAACAAGUUCAGUCUAGAACAAAGAUUGAAGAAUGUGUGGUGUGCUCUGACAAGAAAGCUGCUGUUCUUUUUCAGCCCUGUGGCCACAUGUGUGCUUGUGAGAACUGUGCUAACCUGAUGAAGAAAUGUGUGCAAUGUCGGGCAGUAGUUGAACGGAGAGUACCUUUCAUUAUGUGUUGUGGUGGCAAAGGCUCAGAAGAUGCCACUGAUGAUAUUGCAAGUGGAAACAUUCCAGUUUUACAGAAGGACAAAGACAACACCAAUGUCAAUGCUGAUGUACAGAAGUUACAGCAACAGUUACAAGAUAUCAAAGAGCAGACAAUGUGUCCUGUGUGUUUGGAUCGUCUGAAGAAUAUGAUAUUCCUCUGUGGCCAUGGAACAUGUCAGCUUUGUGGAGAUCGAAUGAGCGAAUGCCCUAUUUGCCGCAAAGCCAUUGAACGGAGGAUCCUUUUGUAUUAAAUGAGAAAUAGCAGUGGGUUUUGUUGGCUAAACGAAAUUUAAAUGCGUUUGAUAACAGGCAGUUCUAGUGAAAUACUGUAUAAUACCAUAGCCUGUGUAAUACAUUAUAAUUACUUUGAAUGCGCUGAAACCAAACAAACCACAAAACAGUAUUUGGAUAGUCAUUUUGAAAUUUGGAUCAAAUCCAUGUAAGCCACAGUUAAUUUAAAAAAGUUUUUUACUCCAGUCUUAUAGAGUAUGGUUUGUAAUGGGACAGAUUUAAAAAUACAUUUAAUUCCUAAUUCUUUACUACUUCCAUUAAAUUUUCUUUUACUAUUCAGUUUCAUCAACCCUUAGAUGAUAUACUUUUUUGUGUUUUCUCUUAUCCUUAACAUUAAUAGUCAUUUUUCGCAUUAAGCCUAACAUAGAUACUAAGAAAUUAACACUUCUUUAAAAUGCCAUAUAGCACCAAGUGAAGUAGGCAAGUCAAACCUUUACCUCAUUUAUAUUAGGCAUAUAGGGUGUUUCAGAAGUCUUUAGUGUAGUUUGAGGCUCCAAAAAAUAGCUUCAGGCUGCACUAAGACUUUUAGGACACCCAGUAUAAAAUCAUAAUUGUAAAUGGAACAUUACAUAAUGUAAAUAAGUUUGAGAAAUGUUUUGAAAGAGGUAAUGAGAGAGUAGAAAGACUGCUGAACUUGGGAAUCACAAGUUUGAAUCAGGCUCUGCCACAUACUGCCUGUGUGAUGCUAGCAAGUCCUUUAACCUCACUGGAAUUCAGUUACUUUACUUGUAAAAUGUGGGAGUUGGACUAGAUGAUUUCUCAGGUCUCUUCCAACUCUGGAGCUACGAUCUCAUGGCCUAUGCUCUAAAAGCAAACAUCCGAAAUUUCAUUUUCAUUUCCAAUGAUUUCCAGUUUUUCUUAAAGAAACAAAUUGGAGUAUGGAAUAAUGAGAGAACAAUCACAACUUCAUAUUAACAGUUUAUUUCUUAGAUUGUAAAAGAAAAAUCAGUAAUUUGACUCUUGUUAUCUGUUAACCUAAAAGUAGUUGAUAUUCUUACUGAAAAAAAAAAAUAAGAAUGGGCAAUCACAAUGAGGAAUUGAAGAAAAUAAUAUUAAGGAUCAUUUUCCUACAACAUUGCAAAAAUAGAAUUAUUUAUUUAUAUAUGUUUGUGUAGCUUCUGGCCGUUGUUGAAAGACACUGCCCUUCUUCUGUGACCUAGUACACUGUUAUUAUUAAGCCUUAUAGAAAAAUGGUGUGAAUACAUGGUAUAUUCACCUAAGUACUCCAGUUACAGUUACAUAAUUGCCAAUAUUGGUCUUGAUCUGACCAUUAAGAAGAGUAAUUGCUCCUUUCACAGGCCACUAAGUUUCCUCUUAGUAAAUUAACUUUUCCAGCACACUUAGAAUAAUGAACCUUCCCAAAGGCUUUCCAGGUUUUCUCUUUCUUCUUGCAGGAUCAGUUCCAUUACUUUUGACAGUGUUGGUAAUUCUGUGUAUCUUCAUAGGUCUUACAUGACAUGAUACAGCUAUCUCCCCAAAUUAUUGGGGGGUAUCUUUAUGAAUUUAUAAAUCUUGGUACCUACAAAUAACUACUUCAACUAUUGCUGCCAGUGCCCUCCAGAAAAUAUUUGAGAACAAAGUAAAAAUAGAUUUUUCAUUUUCGGGGGAAGAGUUGGGCUCUGGUGGUCAGUACAAAGAUAGGAAUAAUUUCUAUUGAUGAUAUCAUUUGCUUUGAUACUGUCAUUGGCUGUGUAGAGAAUCAAAAGAUUUUGUAGCGUUUAAAUGAGCAGAAGCAUGCUAGCAUAUCAGAAAGAACAGUGGAUUGAAGUGAAGUGUUUUUAGAUCUUUCAUUGCUGGACAAGUGUACAUUGUCAGCAGUUCAGAGCGACAAUUUGCUGACCAGUACCUAAGCUCUUUAUUUUCAUAUAUAUAUACAUAUAUAUAUAUAU